UAAUCAAAAUGUCACUUUUUUCUUUCCUAAUGUUACUAUUUUUAUCUUACAUUCGUGCACAUCAUCCACCUCAAGAUACCGGACGAAUAAUCCCAGAGCAAUACCAAUAUUAUUGUAAUCAAAAAUGUUACAACUCGGAAGCGGGGUAUUAUGAAGAAAAUGUUGCUUGUAGCUAUUACCCGUGUUUUCCAAGUUACACUUGUGGGGUUAAACACCAACGAAUCCCUUUUAGCGAAUCCGAUAAAGCUUUAAUGUUACAUUUACACAAUUCUUAUCGAAAUUUAAUUGCUUCCGGUGGCGAACAGAGAAUCGGAAGAUCUCAAGCUUCUGAUAUGAAUGUGAUGAGUUAUGAUAAAGAGUUGGAAUUUUUAGCAUCAUGUUGGGCUAAUCAAUGUAAAGAAAGCCCAAUUCCUAAAUUAGGUCGUGAUAAAUGCAGAGCAACCGAAUUAAGCACUUACAACGGGCAAAGUCAUUGGGCUUUUGCAUCAGAAGAUCAUUCAAUCGAUUGGAGUGAUAAAAAAUAUAUAACUCUAGCUGUUAUGUCUUGGUAUGAACAAAUAAGAAAUAUUUCACUUGGUACUCUUACUCGGUAUAAAACGGAAGGAUCGGAAAGAUAUGAAUAUUUUACACAACUGGUUUGGAGUAAUAAUUAUUUAAUCGGUUGUGGUCGAACAAUGUUUUCGGCGAGUCGUUUUAUUGGUUUAAGUAUUGUUUGUAAUUAUAGCCCAGGUGGAAAUGUGCAGGGAAAGUCGGUGUUUAGUAAAGGCGCCGCUUGCUCAAAAAACGAAAAUAUGAAAAUGAAUGAAAAUUAUAGUCAUUUAUGUGGAGAUAUAAGACCGAGUGAAAACGACACUUACAUACCUCCGUUUAUUUUAGGCUCAACCAAAAACGAGGGAAUUUUAAUUUUGAUUUUAAUUAGAAACAUCUAUUUGGUUGAAUCUAAUGACGAGCGAACGAAUACUAUUUAA